ACAGCUCAUUCCAGAGAUAGUGGCGGACAGAGCGCUCACUCUGUGCUCCCAUCUGUCAUUACACCAGAGCUGCAGAGCGUGUGGACGAUGUGUUGCAACACCGUCCGAGGACUCUGAACAGAUUUUUGGGAUAUUGCCUAUAAUUACUAUCACUGAAAGGACAUAAAGUACCAGAUUUGGGGAAACAGCUGAGUGACAAUGCCAGAGGAGAACGUGUUUCAGCAGCAGGCUGUCCACAGCCCUCUGGAGCAGCAGAAGCAGAAACAGAAGUCAGGAGGAGGUGGAGGAGGAGGAGGACCCAUCCCCUGUCAGAACUGUGGAAAACCAUGCAAAGGGGAGGCGCUCCGGGUCCAGAACAAACACUUCCACAUCAAGUGCUUCGCCUGUAAAGUAUGCGGUGCUGAACUGGCCCAGGGAGGCUUCUUCGUGCGGCAGGGUGAAUACAUCUGUACUCUGGACUACCAGCGACUGUACGGGACUCGCUGCUUCAGCUGCCAGGACUUCAUCGAGGGGGAAGUGGUGUCCGCCCUGGGAAAGACCUAUCACCCCCGCUGCUUCGUCUGCGCCUCCUGCAAACAGCCUUUCCCGGCCGGCGACCGAGUGACAUUUAAUGGGAAGGAGUGUAUUUGCCAACAGUGUACCCAGCCUCUCCCUGCCAACAGCCCUGCACCCAUCCAGGCUGUCCACAACUGCUGUGGCUGUGGGAAGGAGUUUAAGAAUGAACAGUCUCUCGUAGCGCUGGACAAGCACUGGCACCUGGGCUGCUUCAAAUGUAAAGUCUGCAACAAGGUGCUCAAUGCCGAGUACAUCAGCAAGGAUGGGAUCCCGUUCUGCGAAAUGGACUACCACGCCAUGUUUGGCAUCCAGUGCGAGAGCUGCAAGAAGUACAUCACCGGAAAAGUCCUGGAGGCUGGAGAGAAGCACUACCACCCCACAUGUGCCCGCUGUGCCCGCUGUGAGCUGAUGUUUGCAGAGGGAGAAGAAAUGUACCUGCAAGGAUCUUCUAUCUGGCAUCCUCCAUGCAGACUAGCAGCCAAGCAGGAGGAGAAGAGUAAGAAGCAGGUCCGGAUACAGUUCAAUGAGGUCCCUGAGCAGCAGGUGACCCGGACUUCAUCUGAGAGCAUUGCUUCAGUCCCAGCCUCCAGCGCCUCGGGCUCUCCCAGCAGAGUCAUCUAUGCCAAACUAGGAGAGGAGAUGCUGGACUACAAGGACCUUGCAGCCCUUCCAAAGACCAAGGCCAUCUAUAACAUCGACAGGCCUGACAUGCUGUCCUACUCUCCAUACGUCAGCUACCCGUCUGAGGAGAGGCACUACGGAGAGUCCCCCCAGCUGCUUUCUCCUACUCCUACUGAGGGCGAUGGGGAGAAGUCCCCCCGUCAGCGGAGGCCCUCCAGCCCCAGCUCCAACAGCUCCCUGGGAGGCUAUGGACGUUACACCCCGUGCCGCUCCCCCCAGAACUUCAGCCGACCAGGGCCUGAGGUAUACCUCGGUGGUAGACACAGCAGCCAGGCCCGUGACUCCAGUACUCUCCCUUUGCCUCCAACCCUCAUGGGUGCCAUUAAGUACCCGUCCACCCCGGCCAGGGACUCAUCUUCCCUCCCGGUGUACUAUUCUGCUGCGGCUGAAGGGAGUGUUGGUGGAGGUGGAGGCGGUGGUGGAGGUGGUGGUGGUGGUGGCGGCACGUACUCACCCACACCAGUAGGUGGCAGUACAGGCUUGUCUUUUCACCUAAACCCCACCACCCUGGCCAUGCUGCAGCAGCACAACUACAUCCCUUACAUCAGAGGUAGUGAAAGUGGUCGGAGUACCCCCAGCUUAUCCACCUAUUCUGAUGGCAAAUCCCCUUCCUCUACAUACGUGGCUGCUCCCCGGCAUUUCCACGUCCCAGAGACUCUGGUCAAAGAUAAUAUCUAUAGAAAACCCCCCAUCUACAAACAGCAUGCUUCUAGAACAUCCUGGCAGGAUGGGGAUGAUAGCAAGAGGACCAGUUGGAUGAUCCUGAAGAGUGAAGUUGAUGGACAGAUGGGUCCAGAAGAGCUGGAUCCCCGCAAAUCGACCUGCAGUCUGCCCACCGACACCUCCGAGCCCAAUUUCCCCUACAAUAAGUCUGCAUCCUUACCCGGCUAUGGAAGGAAUGGCAUCUAUAAGACCGCUGAGAUGGUGGAGGAUGAAAUGGACCCAGAUUCCCAGAGCUGGGGAGGCAUGAGAGAGACACCUAUCUCCCGAGGACUUCCAUCGGGUUUUCGGCAUGACCCUGGAGCAGUUUGACCGCAUGGCCCUCUGGAAGAAGAACGACAUGAAGAAGAAGGCGCGCCUUUUUUAGACCGAGAAAAAAAAAAAAAAAAAAGCAUCUCAAACAACAAGCCUCCGUCCUGUGUGGGGGGAGGGAGGAAGCGGAAAAAGAAAACCCCAUUUGAAAUAUCGAUAUAUAUGCACCACCAUGAUACCCCCCCCUAUACUUUCCAGCUGUUAAAACGCCAAUGCCAUCUGGAACAUUUUUCACGAUGUCGAGGCAGCAUCUAAAGCUUUUUGUAUGCAAUGUGGUCCGAAUGUUUGACUGAACAAACCUCACAGAAGAGGACGAGGAGCUGCGUUUGCAUGGCCUGUGUUGAUGCUCCUCGCCUCCCAUUGGGGUUUCUGCAUCUCGACGCUGUCAUACACCCUGGCAAAAUAAUUACUCGCUAAUUACAAGCUAUACUUCUCGUGCAGGCCUGCCCUCCAAGUGUCUGUGGUUCUGACUGUUUUAUGUGCUCAUUCUUCUGCUCUUAUCUCACCUUCACCUGCUUAUAUCUCCAGUUUUCAUCAUCUUAUCUGUCUCUAUCUGUUUUGCUGUUCUGCCUUUUCUCUCUCUCGCUGUCUCUCCUGCGUUUUUCUCCCUGCACUGAGUGACUGUUACAUUGUCAAGCCGGUUCAUUUUACACUCUGCCAUUACUUUAGGACAGUGAAGAGACUGCGGACUUCUACGCACUCACUGUUUUGAGCAUGUCAAGGCCAAAGACGGGAGGAUAAGAAGCACUCUUUCUUCAAAAACUGUCAAAAAGCACCAUAUCGUACACUUUUUGUUUCCAAUUUUCCUUCACUUUUCCAUCAGAGAAGUUGAGGAAAAGGCUGGUCGGGUAGUUUUGAUAUGCGGUUCCAUAUCUUUACACAAGCAUCUCAUAAAUCAGCACAGAUAGGAGGCUGGAUAGGGGCCACAACAUGGUGGUGAAUUACAGAUAGAGGAGUGAUAAGGGGGGGGGUUAAGGUGGCGCCCUGCAGAAAACAUACAGUUUCAGGGUUUCAGGGUGUGCAAAAGGUGUCAAACGUAGGAUCGCCAGAGUAACAUGCCCUCACGUCAAACACAGACAAUUGAAAUUAUUUUUAUAAGCUAUUUUUGACUUCUGGAAAAAGGAUCAUUAAA